AUGUGUGACCAGACGUUCGUGGCCAUCACGUUUGGCCCCUGCGACAGCUGCGGGAAAACCAAUCCUCUGAUGAACAUCUACAUCAAGACUGAGGCCAUCAACUACUGCUCCUUCUGUGUGGAAGUGAUGGCCUGUCAGGGGCUCCUGAAGGGGGAAACCCUGGCGUCUCUGAAGAAGGAGACUGACAGUCUGAAGAAGAAGCUGGAGGUGGAGCGAGGGAAACUGAACGACGUGGAGCUGCACCAGGUGGCUGAGAAGACGGAGGUGCUGGGGGCUCUCUCCAUAAAGACCAGACGCCUGAAGGGUCAUGGGAACAAGGUGCUCUGUAUGGACUGGUGCAAAGACAAACGCCGUCUUGUCAGCUCCUCACAGGAUGGAAAAGUGAUUGUGUGGGAUGCAUUCACUCUUAAUAAGGAGCAUGGGGUGACCCUGCCCUGUACGUGGGUACUGGCGUGUGCUUAUGCUCCCUCAGGUUGUGCUGUGGCAUGUGGUGGACUGGAUAACAAGUGCUCGGUCAUCCCGCUGUCAAUGGACAAAAAUGAGAACUUGGCUGCGAAGAAGAAGUCGGUCGCCAUGCACACCAACUACGUGUCUGGCUGCACCUUCACCAACUCCGACAUGCAGAUGCUGACCUCCAGUGGUGACGGCACAUGUGCCUUGUGGGAUGUGGAGAGCGGGCAGCUGCUGCAGAGUUUCCAUGGUCACACAGCUGAUGUGUUGUCCCUGGACCUCGCCCCUUCUGAAACUGGAAACACUUUUGUGUCCGGGGGCAGUGAUAAGAAGGCCAACGUGUGGGACAUGCGCUCUGGACAGAACAUUCAGUCUUUUGAGACCCACGAGUCCGACAUCAACUGUGUAAAGUACUACCCCAGUGGAGAUGCAUUUGCUACUGCUUCUGACGAUGCCACCUGUCGUUUCUAUGAUCUCCGAGCUGACCGUGAAGUCGCUGUCUACCAGAAGGACAGCAUCGUGUUCGGUGCUUCCACUGUGGACUUCUCUCUGAGUGGUCGCCUGCUUUUCGCUGGUUAUAACGACUACACCAUCAAUGUGUGGGACGUUCUGAAGGGAACUCGUCAGUCCAUCCUGUUCGGCCACGAGAACCGUGUCAGCAGACUCAGAUUGUCACCUGAUGGCACCUCUCUCUGCUCGGCCUCAUGGGACAACACCUUACGGAUUUGGGCCUAGUGUUCGUACGACGGUUGUGAUGGAGCAACGAGCAGCAG